CGACGACACCACACCGCCAUGGCCGAAUCGCAGACGAAUUCGCGCUCAAACACGCCCGGAGCAGCGCUGCCGAUGAAGCGCACGCUCGAGGAAGACCAUGCCCCCGCCAUCUCCUCACCGCUCAACCCAAACCCAGAUGCGGCGGCGCGUGCCCGUCCGCGAGGUCCACCGCGCGAGCAGCGAGAAAAGCGGGAGACGCUCAAGAAGAGAGAGGCCUCCUCAAACACACGCGCGAGCACUCCGAACCCCAGGAUGAAGAAGGAGCGAUCGACGGCGGACUCACCCAUGCGCUACUCCAUCCCUGAGCCCAAGGCCUCCGACUACGACCCGCCCAAGGACGGCAUCUUCCUGUCGCGCGAGCCGCACCCGCUGUACGCGCCGGACGGACGCACAGAGCUCAGGAAGCCGCAGGACCAUGCGUGGAACAAGAAGGGCUACAAGUACACGCACUGCGUGGCCGAUCCGCUGUUUCGACACAAGCAGUUCUACCGCCAGAGCGACUCGAAGCCGUACGGGCCCCGCAUGAGCCACGAAGACUGCGACAAAUGGUUCCACUUUGACGAUAGCGCCACUAUCGUGACGCAGGAGAAGGGCUGGCGCAUGGGCCGGGGCAACGUGGUCGCGAGGGAGGGCAGGAUGUACUUUGAAGUGAAGGUCCUGCGCGGCAUCCCCGCCGAAGGCCCAAAGGAUCCCGUCGACCCAAAGACGGGCGAGACCAAGCCUGGUCCGCACAUUCGCAUUGGCUGGGCACGGCGAGAGGCGCCCUUGGACGGACCCGUUGGCUUCGACGGCUACAGCUACGGAAUCACCGACUCCCGCUUCGAAGCUCAGCAUCGGUCGCGAGCGUCCAAAAUAUUCAAGCCGCUCCCCAAAGGCGCGAAGAGCAAGUACAUGAAGCCGAGGCCACCGCACGGUAGACCGGCACCUGUGGAAUACAUCAGCGACGAACAUGUCCACGAAGGCGAUGUCAUCGGCUUGGAGAUUCAGCUGCCUUCUCUAGCGAUGCAUCGCAAGGUCGUCGAAGGCAUCUACAACCCUGCAGUGGAUAUUGGCGAUGGUUUUGAUACUGCGAACGCAGCCGACCCCCUCGAAAAGCCCCUGGACAUCAUCCGCGACCGCAUCCCUGUGCCGUACAAAGGCAACUUCUACUUCGAGCAGCUCGACUACCAAGUUACCAAGGCGGUAGAGGCGUACCACGACCGCGGCCCGGUUCCCAAGAUAACCCCUUCUCCUAAUUACGAGGACGUUAGCGUACGGUCUCUUCCACGCUCGCACAUCAAGGUCUACAAGAACGGAAAGGAAAUGGGCAUCGCGUACGAGAGCCUACUCGCCUUCUUACCUCCGGCAAGCGUGCCAUCAGUCGAGGCCGUCAAGGCUGGUGCAAGGGUUGGAUUCGAUGACGGCAUGGUUGGCUACUUCCCCGCUAUAUCUGUCUUCAACGGCGGAGUCGCGCAGGUCAACUUCGGCCCCGACUUCUGGUGUCCCCCGGAAGAGAUGGUUAAGCAGCGCGAGAAGGACAUGCAGAUGCAAGGCAGCGACGCCGUCGAGCUCCCCGUUCCCGAAGGUCGAAAGCUGCGAGCCGUGGGCGAGAGAUACAAUGAGCAGAUUGUCGAGGAUAUUCUCUGGGAUAUAAUCGACGAGGUUGACUUUUUCAUCCAAGAUGGAGGAUGGGACUACCGGGGCGAAGCGCUGCAGGACGUGGCCGGCAAGUCGACACCCAAAGCCAGGGGCUUCGCAAAUCCGGACGAGAACGUUGGCGUUGAGGUUGGAAGGCGGUAUUGAUGUCAGCGGGUUCGUGUCGUUCUCAUUUUGUCAGCAUACAGUCUGAUACCCAUUGUUCACAUAGCCCCAUGACACAGGUGCUCCGGCCCAGAAGUAGCAGCAUAACCCUACCCUUUGGGCUCGGAAUCUAUUCAUCUACUCCCUGUCU